GCAGGUAUUUGCUCACCACGUAACUGGGUGUCGAGUGCUGUGUAGUUAUAAAGUUUGCUGGGCUCAGCUGUGGAUUUCCUUAACACUCUCUGCUGACAUCACUGAGUCUCCUCUCAGACUCUUUUAUUUUUUUUCCCCUCUCUUUCUCCCUCCCUCCCUCUCCUCCCUCCCUCUCUCCAGUUUCUUUAUUCAGGUGAUUCCAACUCAGGCUUAUUGCAACUUGUUUUUUGACUGACAGCGAGGGAAGGGAGACUCUCUGAGGAGUUUGAUUUCUGCUGGGUUUUGGCUCCUUUUUUUUUUAAAAAAAAAAACCUGACACAUGCUUUACUGAAAAACCAUCCAACCUCUUAUAAAAAAGGACUGUUUGACUUGACAUGACGAUAACAUCUAGUAAGGAAUCUGAACACUGCUCCUUUACAGCCCUCCACAGUCCCAAGCACUCAGAGUCCCAAGCAAAGCACUGAGGCUUGGACCCCGUGCACCUCAGGAACAGAGAGUUCCCAUGGACAACACUGGGAUUCUUUCCUGUUCCUGUUCUGAAAUAACAGGACUGAAGCAGUGAGAAUGGAAACCACGAAGAUCAACAUGUCCCGUGUCCCUCUGGUGAACGGGGGCAUCGACUCUGCCAUGCUCAAGGCGCACAAACCCCGGGUGAUGUCCAAAAGCGGCCACAGCAACGUGCGCAUCGACAAAGUCGACGGCAUUUACCUGCUCUACCUCCAGGACCUGUGGACUACAGUGAUAGACAUGAAGUGGAGGUACAAACUCACCUUGUUCGCUGCUACUUUUGUCAUGACCUGGUUCCUCUUCGGGGUUAUCUACUACGCCAUCGCCUUCCUCCACGGCGAUUUGGAGAUGAACAAGUUCCCCCCGAAGCGCGAGCCGUGCGUCAAGAACGUGGACUCUCUGACUGGGGCUUUCCUCUUCUCCCUGGAGUCACAGACAACCAUUGGCUAUGGGUUCCGUUUCAUUACAGAGGAGUGUCCCCACGCCAUCUUCUUGCUCGUGGCCCAGCUGGUCAUCACCACCCUGAUUGAAAUCUUCAUCACAGGUACCUUUCUGGCCAAAAUCGCGAGACCUAAAAAAAGGGCAGAGACCAUUAAAUUCAGCCACUGUGCCGUCAUUACUAAGCACAACGGAGAACUUUGCCUGGUGAUCAGAGUGGCAAACAUGAGGAAGAGCCUCCUGAUACAGUGUCAGCUGUCUGGGAAGCUUCUCCAGACAUACGAAACCAAAGAAGGGGAGAGGAUCCUGCUGAACCAAGCCAGCGUCAAAUUCAACGUCGACUCCUCCUCGGAGAGUCCGUUUCUCAUUUUGCCUUUAACCUUCUACCACAUUUUGGAUGAGAGUAGCCCCUUGAGAGACCUGACACCUCAGAAUCUCAAGGAGAAGGACUUUGAGCUUGUGGUGCUCCUGAAUGCCACGGUGGAGUCCACCAGUGCUGUCUGCCAGAGCAGGACUUCCUACAUCCCCGAGGAGAUCCACUGGGGCUACGAGUUCGUGCCUGUGGUUUCCCUCUCUCCAAAUGGAAAGUACGUUGCGGAUUUCAGCCAGUUCGAGAAGAUCAGGAGGAGCACAGAUUCUACUUUUUACAGCAUGGACUCCGAAAAGCAAAAACUAGAGGAGAAAUACAGGCAGGAGGAUCAAAUGGAGAGGGAACUGAGAACAAUGUUGUUACAGCAGAGCAAUGUCUGAUUGAAUGGACAAACUAUUCUGAUUAAUCCUUUUUGCAAACUGAAAAAAACCCCAUACUCUGUGCUGCAUGUCUGCCAUGAAACCAGCAGGGGAGUCCUUUUUUAGCUCUGGUGCACAGUAAAUCAAUCCCUUUGACCGAGUGGUUAAUCAAUUAUUUUUUAAUUAGGCAGGAUUUCUCUGUGCACCAUCACGACUUAGCAAAGUCGGAUUUGUGCUAAGUCUGUGCCUUCUGCCACCACUAAAAGCAGACACAGCACUUUUCCUUUUGGAAAGUGAAACUGGAUGCACUGUGCUGAUUCCUCCAAAUAUUUAUUUGACGUGGCUUUACUGUGAACAUGCACUCGCAGAGACGGCACACGGCACUGCUCCUUUAAAACACAUAUAUUUAAAAUGUGUAUUCUUGUACCAGGCAUUGCCUGCCGGGGGAUUCCCGGCACUGAAAGUAAGUUGAGUGGAAGACAAAAACGGUUGGAUGUGGGAAGAGCCUGCAGGGAGGGGUUAAAAUCCUUAAAUCUUUAAGGAGGGCGACAGAGUUGUGCUGGGUGGAGAGGAAGGGAACUCGCUCUCUGUCUCUGCUGCUCAGAGCUUGUUUUGUGAUUGUUUUAUGAUCACUCACUUUUUUAACCUUGCUAAUGCCUGAUUCAUAUAUAACAGCAAGAAAUGAGGGAGAUGAGGGCAAGAUGCACAGAAUCAUAACAGUGAUUAACUAAGGUUACAGCUGGCUUUGAGACACCUGUUUUUUAUUCAGUGUAAAUAGUUUGUAGCAGCAGCAUAACAAUACAAUUCUACAGAUUGCUUGCUUUGCUAUGGACCAUAUUUAAUUCUGGUUAAAAGAAAGCUGUGUAACGUCUGUAGACAAUAUUUACUUUUUUUUUCUGGCAACCAUAAAGGACAAGCAUUCCUUUCAUCCAUUUCAUUUUUUUGGUCUAACUAAAACCAUUCCAUUAAUAAAGGAAUUAAAUUCGAACAGUU